CUACAAAUAAUUUGGAAGACAAUUACACUGUCAAGAAGGAAUGGGGUAAUGACAUCCUUUCCGCAACAAAAGAUAUUGGCUUAAUAUGAAGGUUGAGUGUUGUAUCAAAUGUCUUUGGGCCGGAAGCCAGUGAGAGCUCACAUCCUAGUUGGUGUACCAGUAGAUCCGUCUUACAAAUCAGAGCAUGCACGAAAGAAGUGGGUUGAAAGUGAAUCUUGGGGCAUGUUGUGCAGUUCUGGGGAAGUUUUCAUGUGAAGAAGCAGCUGGUGUGCUUAUCUUUCCCAGAAUGAAAGUGGAAACUUAAACUCAACAGAGGUGGCAACACCAAAUAGGGAAGAAAAAGAGCAAAAAAGGGGAAGCCUGAAGAUUCAUUGCAAGAGUUACUUGUUAAGUGCCAGCUGAAUAAUCUGUCAAAGAUCAAGAUAAACAGUUUUACAGCCUGUAGUCUUUGGUGCAUGACUGUUUCCAAAUGCCUGGGAAAGGUUUCAGCAGCUUUACUUCUCCAGAAAGCUGCAUCACGUUUCUUUACUCUGAACUAAAAUUAAACCAUGCCAGGCUGAUGCUGGACUAACAGAGCUGACACUGGGACUAUGCAUUAAAGACGUUCUCUUGAACCUUUGCUACUUGGAGCCCUCUGCUAUUCUUCUGUGAGUUGUAUUGGAAGUCAAUUUUGCAAUGGGGAGGAAAAAGAUUCAGAUCACCCGGAUUGUAGAUGAGAGAAACAGACAGGUGACUUUCAUGAAAAGGAAGUUUGGUCUGAUGAAAAAAGCCUAUGAGCUGAGUGUCCUGUGUGACUGUGAAAUUGCCCUCAUCAUCUUCAACAGCUCCAACAAGCUGUUUCAGUACGCCAGCACCGACAUGGACAAAGUCCUCCUGAAGUACACCGAGUACAAUGAACCCCACGAGAGCAGAACCAACUCGGACAUUGUGGAGGCCCUGAACAAGAAGGAGCACAGAGGCUGCGACAGCCCCGACGCUGAUACCUCCUACGUCCUCACCCCAAAUACUGAGGAAAAAUACAAGAAGAUCAACGAGGAGUUCGACAACAUGAUGAGGAGUCAUAAAAUUACCACAGGCCAUCCACAACAGAAUUUCAUGCAUGUACCGCCGGGCAGCAUGGCGUACAGCCCUGGAGGAGGAGGUGGAGGAGGAGGGGGAGGUGCGACCUCCCAGGCUUUAGCUGCAGCCACAGCAGCUCUGGCGGACAGUGGGAUCCUCUCCUCACCUCACACACACCUCCACAGAAACAGCUCCCCACAAAGACCCCCCAGCGCUGGAAACACAGGUGGCCUGCAGGGCAGUUCUGAUCUGGUUCUGCAAAAUGGAUCUGGACCAGUUGUGAAUGGAUUUGUUGGUUCACCUGGAGGAAACACCAUGGGGAAGAUCAUACCUCCCAAAUCUCCUCCUCUUCUGCCUUCUGGGACGAACCGCAAGUCUGACCUCCGAGUGGUGAUCCCUCAGUCCAAAGGCAUGAUGCAGACUGUGAGUCACCAGAGGCUGAGCAGCAGUCAGCCCAACCAGCCUCUGUCUACCCCAGUGGUGUCCAUCACUACACCCAGUCUGCCUCACCAGAGCCUGGUCUACACUGGCAUCAGCUCUGCAUACAACACUGAUUACUCUCUGAACAGCGCUGAGUUGUCCGGCUUCGGCUCUCCUUCAGGCCCGUCUCUGGGCUCCAUGGCAACGUGGCAGCAACAUCAGCUCAACUCUCUGGGAUCAGCCAACUCCGGUCUCUCCAUCAACACCAACCACAACAUCAAUAUCAAAGCUGAGCCAAUCUCCCCACCCCGCGACCACCUCAGCCAACCCAGUUACAUCUCCCAGCCUCACGCCGUGGCUCUUCCUCCUCAUCCUCACUCCUCUACCUCUUCGUCCACUCGGGUAGAGAUGGGGAGGUCUCCCACCGACAGCGUCAGCUCAUCCUGCAGCUCCCACGGCAGUGACCGGGACGAGCAUCAGCGGCCAGACUUCCACUCGCUUCCUGUCGGGGUGAUGAGUCGGUCAGAGGGCAGGGAGAGCCCGACAGUCAAACGAAUGCGAAUGGACAGCUGGGUGACAUAGGCCCCGAGGCCACACCAUGACAGACACACGACCAGAGCAACACAGGAUGUGGACACUGUUAUGCAAAUGAAAUGUGGAUUUUACUCAUGUGUUUUUCUUUAAAUUAUCUUUGUCUAUUUUUUGAGAAGGAUUUGCGUUUGACUCUUUCAGCAUCAUCUUGUAACCUGUCAGAAAAUCUCCAGUGGUACUUCAAACAGUAUGUACAUUAGAUCCACCUCUGAAAAAUCAUUUAAGUAUCACAGACUGAUAAUAAAGUUCCAGUUAUAACA